GAUGUAUUGCUGAAAUUAUCCUGUGUGGCCUAUAAUGGGUGGAAUUCUGCUCAAGAAAUUAUAAAGACUGGUCUCAGAAAGAACGCCCCCAAACAACAUUUUUUCUUUAAUCCAUUGAAGUGUAUUGGAUAUUCUGCAUGUUUGACAGCCUGCACAACAACUUCUUCUGUUGGCACAACACCUACUUCUGCACUCAAGAGCCAGAUGUCCACCGGAGAGUAGUAAAGCAGGAGUGGGGGAAAAACAGCUCUGGGAGAGGGAGCAACCUUCCAAAUGCAUGAGGUCAAUGUGACUUGUAGAUUAAAUGCCUGGACAUCUAGUACAGUGUUCUGCUCUAAAAUUAUUUGCCUAUUUAUUAAAUGGCAAAUUAUAAUGUUAGUAUUUCUAGCUAAAGGUCUUGCAAUUCACUGUUUAUGUUCUUCUUGUGCACUGCUAUGUAUUGAAAUAUUUUCCUUUUUUGAUUUUUUAAUUUACUCAUCA